AUGGGAAGGGGAAAAUCUGGUUAUGCCGUGCGAGAAAAAAAGGAAACAUGUGCACCAAAACGCCCACGUUUUCCUUUCGGAGGAAAUCAAAGACAUCGUGCCUAUCCUGCAAAUUUUUGUCCUGGGGAGGCUGGACCAUCCAAUGGCAUGAAACAAUACAUUUGGCGGCAAAAUGUUCUCGAAAACCAUAGAAGAGCUAAUGAUUUCCCGGAUUUCGAAAUGGGAAAUCCAAGUCACUUGUUUGCUUUAAAAAAAGAAGCAGAAGAACAAGCUGCGUUACUCAAAGCUGAAACUGAAAAAAGAUCAGUUUCAACUCAAGUUGAUGAGAAUUCGUUCUCUGAAGAACACACACUGCCCGUCACUGAUCAAGCUGCUUCUACGAAUCCAACUUUACGGCCAGAAUCGACGCUAGGAAAUUCUAUUGGAUCAGUCAACCCAUCCAAUGCCGAGUCAUUUGACGACCAAGAUAUGAUCAUUAUGGAGUCAUCUAGUACUCAGAUGAAUACACAAGGAGCAACAGUUCCUCCUUCCGGGGAAAGCUGGCCCCAGCAAAUAAAAAAUCGAGAAAAAUUUCCCUCGAUUCUUGUAUCAUCCAGCUCCAAUGAACACGCACUGAGUACUCCGAAUACUGAAUCAGACUCCACUGAAAUCAGAUUUGAAUCUAAUUCAGUCCGUCAGGCAAGUGGGAGAGCUCAAAAACGUAAAAAUCAAAAAAGGAGAAGAUGCUUGUUGGAUCAUUGCUCAGGGUUUCCAAGAAGAAAGUCAUCGGAAAUGAAGGGAGAUCCAGACGGAUUGCAAACCAAUUUUGGAAAACAAUUUAUCACGGACAAGAAAGGAGAACUUCAGAAACUUCUCAAAGAGCUGGACACUAAAAUCUAUGAAGUGAUGAGGGAGGAAACAAAGGAAGAAAACAUGAAAAAAACCAAGUUGAUUGAAGAAUUGAGUCAAAUCUUGGAGAGAAGCCGCCAAGACGGAGCCGAGAAAGUUGUGCAGGAGAUUACCCCUGAUGAAGAGAUGGAUGAAUCCAAUAUUGAACUUGGACCAUGGGAAGAGGAUUGGAAAUGCAAAGCACCCACAAACGGGCGAGUUCCAUACAGUGAAUUUGGAGAAGAAGAUUGGGAGAGGAUUCGUAAAGAGGUCCGAUAUGAAGACUCGGGAAGACCAGUACAAGCAGAAGCAUCAAGAGAAGGAUUUGCUUACAAGUACACAGCAUCUUAUCGAUGUUUGGAAACUGUGCCCGAAAAGAUCGAGGAAAUUACUGAGAAGUUCACUCGACCAUAUCGGUCAAUCAAGUUUUCGUAUAAAAUAAAACAAGGAUUCUAUAGUGGAGUCGAGUUGGAAACAACAAGCAUCGCCUCCAUCACCUUCACGCUCAAAACAACUCCCACCGUCUUCAUUCGCUUCUCGGAAAACUUGCCGUCCCAAUCUUUUGAGCUUCGUCUCUUCAAAGAAGUUUCUCUUGUCCCUCCACUAUGCCCCGGUUUUCCGUCUUGUCUGAUUUUGACUCCAAUCAAAAAUGCGGAAGGAAUGAUAUUCAGACAAAUGGAGAAGCUUUCACCGAGGUUCGAAAAACUGAAAGCUGUGAUGAGAAUAGGAAAUAUUCCGAUGACCGUUUCCAAGCCGCUGUUCUUUGUUCUCAAGUCGGAACCACUUGAGCCUGAAACAGAUUGCACGGUCAACGUCCUCAGUGACAGCCGCUUCUCAUCUCAGAUCUCUGCUGUCGCAGGUUUCAUCAUAAUGUCCUCCAAUUUCCCACUACAUGUCAGGAGACUGAAGAUGAAUUAUCUAACAGAUAAUACAUUCUGGGAUACUGUCAGCAGUCUGGGACUGGUUUGGGUGUUCUUGGCUCAUCAAGGAGGACCGCGUGGAUGGAGGUUGAUGAGUCGGGAUAGUAUCCCGGUUCGAUGCACUUCGAAUUUCGUGGAAUGGUCAGACAAACCGAAUCGGAUUUAUCCCCUCUACCCUCCAAUCCACCCAUUCCGACCGUUGCAAAUUGAGACAAACCUCAACUGGGACGACAGUUUCAACCCUGGCAAGCCGUUUCCAUCCAUUCCUGCUACUUCCGUGCUUCUUCCUGAUAUUUCGAUGUUGAAUUGCGACGGAAGCGGACCAUCGACUUCAAGACCUCCACGUGCUCAUGGGGAUUCAGCAAAUGAAGAUUCAACUCCUCAGCCCCCGGAAACAUCGCCGGAGUUGCCCAGUCCGGAUUUCUUCUCCGUGCCGAGAAGGGAGGAAAACGGCAAGAAAAUUCCUGCUGUAUCUGCCCACGCCACUCAAAUCCCGCUUCCCUUCCGACCAUCAUCCAACUUGACUUUUGACUUCACUUCACUGCUGCAACACAAAAUUCUUCAUUUGCAUCAACUCGGAAAAAAUUAUUCGAACCAUACGAGAAAACACUUGAACACCAUAGGCGGAGAAAAGGACCCUGUUGCAAUGAAAUCGCCAGAGAUGUCGUCUUCUGAAAUGCAGCGUGAACAUGGUGUUGAAGUUGUUGGAGACGCUGUGGAGGUACUGGACUCUGCUGGUGGAUGA